AUGGCUCGGCCACGCGCCGAUACGGGCAACUUCGCCAAAGAGCCUCAUUCAAUAUCGUUAAAGGUGCUGAGACUCUCCCGACCCUCCCUGGCACAACAACACCCUCUCCCCCGUGAAAAUGACACAAAGAUACCGCAUGCAGCCUCAUUGGCAUAUCCGUCCAACGCCGUCGACCAGAACUUCAUCUUAUCCACCAGUCUGGGUUUGCCGCCAUCAUUCGGUUCCGCUCAUGUCGGCGAGACCUUCUCCUGUGCUCUCUGCGCCAACAAUGAACUGCCCUCGGGACAGACGACCAAAACCGUUUCUGGAACGAGAAUCCUGGCCGAGAUGCAAACUCCAUCCCAAGCGGUGCCCCUAGAACUAUAUGCGGCUGACGAUGCAACGGAAAACACCGGCCCCGGAAGCGCCUUGCAAAGAAUCAUUCGGUUUGACCUAAAGGAGGAAGGCAACCACGUGCUCGCCGUCAAUGUCACCUACACCGAGACAGCUUCGGGUGAUGGCCAAGCCACCGGCGGCAGGGUCCGAUCGUUUCGGAAACUGUAUCAGUUCCUCGCUCAACCUUGUAUGAGCGUGCGAACCAAAACUACCGAACUGAAAGCGAUCGAAGUGUCUGACAAGACACAUGGCCCGUACGGCAGGGCAACAAUGCUCCGCUAUGUUUUGGAGGCCCAACUGGAAAACGUGUCAGAUGCGCCUAUCUUGCUGCAAGAGACCAAACUCCAAGCGAAGCUGCCAUUCAAAUCGACUUCGUUAAACUGGGAUGCAGAACAGGACAACGAUGCUGCGGUGGAAUACCCCUCGCUGAAACCCCGAGAUAUUAUACAAGUAGCCUUUCUGGUCGAGCAGCAACAAGGUGUCGCAGAAGGGCUGGAGGAUCUCAAGAAUAAUAUUAAACGUGAUGGCAGGGCGAUCUUGGGCCAACUCGCUAUUCAAUGGAGGACCGCCAUGGGAGAGCGGGGCUCCCUGAGCACCGGCAACCUCUUAAGUCGACGCAAAGCAGCAUGA